AUGGCUCAAGCAGUGGGUAGCUUUGUUGCUUGGCCUGGCCGUCUUCUUACAUUAGGACAUCCUUCAAAGUCUACGAGGAAGAAGAAGAGCCUAUUGGGCCAUCACUCAUUAUCGUUGCUACAGAAGCAGCCCUCUGAGCUCGUUCAAGCGGUAUCAUCAAGACUCCAAAUAUGUCUUGAGGAAUAUGUAGUUGGAGCCAGAUUAGAACAUGGCGAGGAUUUCAUGCUUCCCCUAGAGUUUGAGCCAAAGGUCAAUGGUCGACCCUCGUCAGAGUACGUCACAAAUGAUGUAUUGAAAGAAAUUUCGAUGCAUGGAAUGGCUAGAACAAAUGCCUUUCCUAGUGGCCUUCAUGACAAGUUCAAGAUUAUUAGCCCCCACACUUUUGCUAGCCACAGACCUAAUACGAAGAAGAAAGACUUAUCCAGAGACUUGGUGGAUAUCUUCAUUUCUAGGGCAGCAGGGCCUCAGACUUUGUUUUUGGCGCCUUACUGUCAAGGGUACGGUACACUAGAUGCUGAUUGUGGUCGAUCCCAUGAAGCUGAGGAUUUGGGCUUUGUGGCUAUACCGCACAAAUCAAGCCUUACCCUGCCCCCCGUACAAAACGGCCAAUUUGACGAUACCUUCCCGUGGAAGAAAGUGAAAUGCUUGCGUCAACCCAAAAAAAGCUUUGAUUGUGGGUAUUGGGUGAUGAAAUUCAUGAAAGAGAUAAUUAUGCAUAAUGCUGACACAAUCCCUACACAAUACUUUCCCAACACAUAUUGCACUGUAUAUUCAUCCGUCCAAAUGGAAGAUAUCAUUGAAGAGCUAGCAAUGGCUUUGUACCAUCAGUGGGUACAAAAUAGAUAG